UCAACAACACAAAGAAACCUACUUUUCUUUCAACAACACAACAAAAGAUGUCUGGGGUUUGGGUGUUCAACAAUGGUGUGUUCCGUUUGGUUGAGAACCCACAAGGAGGAGGCUCAUCAGAUGGGAGGCAUGGAAAGAGGAAGGUGUUGGUGCACUUGCCAAGUGGUGAAGUUGUUUCUUCAUACACCUUCCUUGAACAAAUCUUGAUUGGCUUGGGUUGGGAGAGGUACUAUGAUGGUGAUCCUGACCUUUACCAAUUCCACAAACACUCCUCCAUUGACCUAAUUUCACUCCCCAAGGACUUCUCUAAGUUCAACUCCAUCAAUAUGUAUGAUAUCGUCAUCAAGAACCCUAAUAUCUUCCAUGUUAGGGACAAGUGAUGAUCUAUUACAAUGUCCGACAGAAAGACAGUCCGACAGCCAGACAGAUAGAUGAUACGACGAUCAUCUAUCUAUAUGAUCUCUUUAAUGGCUACAUAUAUAUAGAUAGUAGCUCUUCUUGUCCUUUCUUCUUCUUCUUUUUUUGUUCUUACUUGUUGCUUGAAUGUUAUUGUGUGUGAGAGUGUUUUUCCUCUCCCUUUUUCAAUUUCCUUUAUCAUUAUUAGGGCUAUUAUUAUGUUAAUUUUCAUAUAUAUAAGUAUGUAUGUUUCUUUCUUUAAUUUGAACCAUGCUUGUGGAUGUUUGUGUUAUAGUUGUGUGCUCCUAUGGCAAUAACACUAGUAACUUAUUAAUUAAGGUAUGUAGUAGUUGGUUUGUUUUUGUGCCAUCUGUAUCAUAAAGAAAUAAUUUAGAUGAUAUUUGAUGGUGUUUUAUUUUAGUGCAUAUAUAUGUGCUUCAGAAAUGCAUGAUUAUGUAAGAUAUUGUAUGAUUUCCAAUAAUAUUUUGUGCAUUUCAUGAAA